AUAUUAACAUGGAUGAGCGAGCAAUUGAUACAAGAAAGAUUUCAAGUUUGGCGGCAAAAUUGAGUUCACGGUAUACUAAAGACGAAUACUCGUCCAUCAAAAAAAUGGCCUUUCUAUGCCCUGUGCGCAUGCGGCGCGAUAAGAAGAAAGCAACAAGUGCGAGCAUUGAGAGAGAUCUGCCUGCAGUGGGCGGCCUCGGCAUGGGACGUAUAACUGGCUCCUCCAGCAUUGAGACUCUGGUGCGGGUGGGCAUUGAGAAGGAACAUGGACUCAGCCCAGACUCCAAAAUGGUUGUACUGCACGAUUUUACGCCCUGCGUGGAUGACGAACUGGAGGUGAAGCGGGGCCAGCUGGUGAACAUUCUUUACAGGGAGAACGAUUGGGUUUAUGUGAUCGGUCAGGAUUCACGGCAGGAGGGCUUCAUACCGUUCUCCUAUUGCGCCCCAUGCAACACCCAGCUGGCCGAAUUGGCCGUGAAGAAGAAACUGCCGCGGGAACACUGCCCGGAGCAGCCGAUCGAUGAGAAUAUGCCGCUCCUUGGCGCAGAAAACAAACUGGAGGUUCUCUGCGAUGAGCCGAUUCCUGCAGCCAACCCUAGUGGUUCAACCAACAACAUUGAGAACAGUUUACACGUCGAGCCAGAGUGCACGCCGUUCAUCAAGGAGCCAUCCGGUCGAUGCAUUGUCCUGUACACCUUCAUAGCCCGCGAUGAGAACGAUUUGUCGGUGGAGCGGGGGGAAUUUGUGACCGUCUUGAACCGCGAGGAUCCUGACUGGUUUUGGAUCAUGCGCAGCGAUGGUCAAGAGGGAUUCGUGCCUGCCGGCUUCAUCUAUCCCGCCGACAGUGUGCGUGUCCUGCAGCAGCAGAAAACACCCUUGAAUGCCAUGGAAUCCAUUCUGCAACAGGGCCAGCAGCAACCGCAACAGCAGCAACCACAACAACAACAGCAGCAGCAACUGGGUUUGGGCACGGAUGAUCUGCGCUAUCAUGGAACAGAGCUGGUUAUGCUCUACGACUAUAAGGCCCAAGCACCCGACGAUCUCUACCUGUCUGUGCGCCGCGGCGAUUGGAUAUAUGCCGAUCUUAACAACCAGACGGUAGACGGUUGGCUGUGGGCCUAUGCGCCCAAGACGAGAAAAUACGGAUUCAUUCCAAAGGCCUACGCCCGCCCGCCCGCCAUGACCAGUCUUUGAGCGCUGGAACCAGUUAGGUUAGUUGAGUAAAUAGUGCCUUAGAUAUAUUUUUUGAUGUGAGCGUAAAUAUAAGAUAUUACAUCAGUAAUUAUAAAUUGCCCAUAAAUAGCA